UCUUAUGUUAACUGCGACAGUCCGUUCGACUCAGCCCUAAUCUGGAUGCUCAUAUUUGUGCCCAAAAUAUUAAGCUACCAUCAGGUGGCGCAAAGGAAUAGAUGUGCCGAAUUUUUAACUAUUAAAUCGUUUAUUUAUUUACAUCACAAACGAGCAUCUCCCCAAAGGACACAGUCUGACAGCAACAAGCAUUAUAUCUGGUAAGAGUGAGUUGAAAAGUCCGACGUGUGCGAGUAAGGAAGAGUUGUCCGAGGGAAAUGGAAUAACGUAAAUAACGUUAUGAAGCAGACUUUUGGUUGAUUAAAGAGACGGACCCUCGUCCUGCUGAGGAUUCGGAAACGUUGCGAGAUCUUGGCAUCCUCUGACACACCUUUUACGACGUUAAUUUGGGAGAAGGAUGGAGUUUGCUGAGAGAAGAAGGAGCAGAAAAUCUCAGAGCUUUAAGCUCAUAAAUGAUCAAGAAUUUAAAUCUGAGUGCUUUGACAGUGCAGUUAAUAGUGCUGCCAAUGGGGAAUCAAAAGAAUGUGUGACUGAAGCUUGGUACGAGGAUGAAGGAAUGGAGAUUAAAAGACAGAUUACUGGUAUGAUGCGUGCGCUAAAUGACAAAACAGGCCGAGUCUAUCAGCGUGUGGGGAGAGAGGGGGAAAACCUUAAACAGGAGCCCCAAGAUGAGCUUCUAAGCUGGGCCUCGCCGACUGGUCUAGACCCUGAGGAACCCCAGCACAGUGCCUGGACUUGCAGUCCCCAGCCCAACAACCACCUCACCUCUGGGCAAUAUGGCACCCGGUCCAAAACCCAGAAGAUGCUCAACCUGACCAAAGAUCUAAGUAACACCAAUGACAUGGCACUCCCUCAAACUUCAGUGGCCAGCACAGAGAAGCCCAGCUGCUGUAUGUGUAACUGCAAGAACACUUUACAGGCCAUCCUGCUGGAACUCCGCUCCAUGAGGAAACUGAUGCAGAUACAAAAAGGAACUCAAGAGAAGCAGGUUGCCCUGAACAACUCUUGCUCUGCCCGCUGCCCUGUCACCAGGAAGAGAGCGCGCAAGAGGAGGCCUGUGCACAGGGUGGCACCGCUAAACAAACCCUCCAGCGGGGCUGCACCAUCAUCACAACCCCUUACAAACCCUCUGCCAGACUCGUCCGAACAAAGAGAGAGGACUGUGUUGGACCCGAUGGCUCCAACUACGUCUAGCCCUGCCCCCUCUUUUGUGACCACUCCUGCUUCCCUCUACAGUCCAAUCACAGGACCAAACUCAGCUGAGCCCGAGGUCCAGCUGGCAGAGGACUAUGAUGUCUUCAUUCCCAAGUCCCAGCUGGACUCCAUCCUGGUCAACUACACUCGCUCCGGGAGCCUGCUCUUUAGGAAACUGGUGUGUGCCUUCUUCGAUGACACCACGCUGGCCAACUCCUUACCCAAUGGGAAGAGAAAGAGGGGCCUGAAUGACCACAGAAAGGGACUGGACCAGAACAUAGUGGGUGCCAUCAAAGUUUUUACAGAGAAGUACUGCACAGCAAACAGAAUUGAGAAGCUUCCAGGAGCCAGGGACUGGGUCCAGAUCUUGCAGGACCAGAUCAAACUGGCUCGCAGGAGAUUAAAACGAGCAGAGACAGCUGCAGAUGGUGAUGAGACUCGCCUCAGGCAACCUUCUCACACCACAGAACCUCUUGAGGUCUCUACUCAACUGAAAAAUGACGAUCAUGGACAGACAGGUGGUGACUGUGUAAAGUCAGACAGUGUCUUUACUAUGGAAAUGGUUUCCUGAAUGUUCAGACUGAAAUCACAAGUUCAGUCAAAUGAGUUGGCCUGUGCAAAGGAUAUCAAGGGAGUCCUGCAGAAGGUCUUGCAUCUGUUUAUGGAAUUGCACCAAGAUCAUGGUCUGUGGUUCUCUCACUCUUCUCUGAUACACAUUAUGGGUGCAUGAACGCAAAAAUAAUUUGUUUGGUAGCUUUAAACUAACUUUGACAAGUUUUUGGACUUGGCCUAUGUCCAAUGUCUUGUAAUUCGAUCUAUAGAAACCAAAGAGACCACAUGAAGUAAACAGACCAGCAUGGCCAUUAAAUGACUAUUCCAGACACUGAUACUAGUUUUCUCAGUCAUUCCCAUACAAAAUACCUAAUCCGAUAUAAACAGACUGUAAUACAUUUAUAAAUGAAAUGUAUUAAUAAAUUAUGAAUGCCAUCUAAUCUGUCAUUCUUUAUACUACCUCUGUGUAUCUGGUUGGAGUAUAAAACAGCCUAACAUGUUAUUUUUUUAAACUCAGAAACUGUAUUGUGACAAAAUUGUAAACCUUGAGUGAAAAAAAUCUUCUGUGGUGUGAUGUUACUGAGCCUGUAAGAUAUUUAAGUAUCAAUGAACAAACAGCUAAAAUAAUAUUGCAGAUUCCUGUGGCCCAUUUUGAGAACAUUCUCUCUCAGAGACUGGCAUCAACAUGUUGACCCACUCAAGCUGAUAUUUUAUGUCUUGAUGUUGUCAUCACAAUGAGAUUGAUUUUUGUGAGAGGCACAGUGGUGUCAAUGUGACUGUUUAUUAAAGGUCCAGUCCUUAAUACUGGGGAAAGGUUGUUGAUAUUUGAGCACAACAGCCAAUCAAAUGCACCCUUCUUUCCCCUGACUCAAUGUUAAAGCUAUGGCUCAGUCAGAGACACUUUCCUAUUUACAGAGGGCUGUGUACAUGAGGGUUUUUUUGUGGACAUACUGAACCAACAUCUAUGAAUGAAAAAUUUAGUAGAACACAGUGUACUGAAUUAUAAUUUAAGACUGAGGCUUUAUAUGAAUGAAUAAAUAAAUUAAUUAAUUUAACUAAUGAAAUAAUAUGCACAAAAUACACCUUUUGUGGUUUUACUUUGUAUUUCCCAUCUUUCUGAGCUCUUACAUCAUGUAAGACUUUUAAUGAUUUAAAGAUUUGUACAGUAUUUGUCCUGAAAAAAUCUUUUGCACUUCAAUGAUCUUAAUGCCCUAGACUGGAGCCUAGGUUAAAUAUUUGUGUUAGACUGAGACAUGCUAGAUGGGGAGUUUUGAAUUCCAUCAUAGGAAGGGAGCACAAAAAUCAGUUUGUGUAAUUGAAGUUUACGCAAUGCUUAUUUUGCCUAUUUGGAAACAGCACAACAGCGCUUUUGAAGUUAUAUAUGUGAGAUGUGAGAACUGCACAGAGCCCACUGUCUGACUGAGUUAAUGUUGUGGUCUGUCAUCAAUGUUUUGUGAAGUGUAGCAUAUUUUGUAAACUAACCACUUUGUGCUACUAUUUUCUCUGCCACGUGUCUGCCUGAUGCUUAGCGCCUUACCUGGCUUUUAUCCCUCUUUCCCAAGCCACCUCAUGCCUUUGGGAUUGUUGUAGCCUAUU